AUGAAUGUUGAUGUCAAUGAAGAUAAAGAUUCAUUAACGAUUGAAAAUAUUAUUUUUGCAGGUUCAGGUAUUAAAAUCUGUAUUAUUUGCCGAUCUAAAGUACAUGCUGGUUCAGUUGUUAUGCCAAAAGCAGCAAGGUUGGAUCUUUUAGUGCUGAAACGAAUGUAUGCCCCUCAUGGAGUUCGAAUUUGUACAGACCAUUUAUGGAACGAUCGAUUAUUACCAGAAACAAAAGUAAACAUGGAAAAUCGACAAACACGAAUAGCCAAAUUGAAACUAUCUAUUAUUUUGCAAUUAUUUAAUAAUCUUUUAGGUUUAUUACAAGAAGCAUCUUCAGCAGCACGAUUAGAUUUCAUGAAUCCUUGUAUAACGAAUGAAGAUUAUUUGGCGUGA